CCAUGUUGGCGCAACCGGCUCUUAACCGGCACCCUCCCCCGCUGUUGCCGCUUCAGCGCUGCCCCGUCAGUUGGUGGGGUGGUGCUGUCCGCCUUUACUUCCGAAGUGGCGGCGGGCGGAUGUGGAAAACAAGGGGGGUUACCAGUGACCUUGAAGACAAAUUAGAAGUGUGACACCUUAACUAUUGAAAUUUCAAAUGGGCAGGAGAAUCUUGACGUGGGGAAAAACACCAUGAGGCUUCUCUGUACUUCGCUUUCUCUUACGAUGAUUUGCUGGCUAGCUGAAGGUACCCUGUCAAAAACAGAUGUAAAGAAAGGUGCUACAAAAAAGGUGGAAGAAAAGACACUGCAUUCUGAUAAAAAUGUGCAGGACCGGGGACUGGUAGUUGUGGAUCCAAAGGCAAAGGAUAUUAUAUUGGAACACCAAAGUUAUUGCUCCAAGAGGAUGAAGGAAAGACAUUUCUCAGGAGAUGUUCUGGGAUAUAUUACUCCUUGGAACAGCCAUGGCUAUGACAUUGCUAAAAUGUUUGGAAACAAAUUUACACUAAUCUCACCAGUCUGGUUACAAGUGAAAAGGAGAGGGAAGGAAAGGUUCCAGUUCACUGGGCUCCAUGAUGCUGAUAAAGGCUGGAUGAAGGAUGUCAGAAAAACCUCCAAAAACAUCAAAAUAGUGCCUCGAAUUUUGUUUGAUGGCUGGACUUACCAGGACUUCGAGAGUGUUUUUGGCAGUGAGGAUGAGAUAGAGGAGCUUUCUAAGAACAUGGUUCUGCUAGCCAAGAAUGAAAAUUUUGAUGGUUUUGUAAUUGAAGUUUGGAGUCAGCUGGGAAAUCAAAAGCGAACGGAGUUGAUUCACUUGCUUAUUCACCUUUCUGAAGCUCUGCGUGAAGCACAACUUAAACUCAUACUGGUCAUCCCUCCUGCAGUUGCAGCAGGGACUAACCAGCUGGGAAUGUUCACAAAGAAAGAAUUUGAUCAGUUGGCCUCAGCGAUAGACAGCUUCAGUCUCAUGACAUAUGACUACUCAACACCACAACGACCUGGUCCAAAUUCCCCUCUUCCCUGGGUGCGUGCCUGUGUUCAGGUACUGGAUCCUGAUUCAAACUGGAGGAAUAAAAUACUUCUAGGGCUGAAUUUCUAUGGCAUGGACUAUUCUGCUUUGGGAGCCUCUGGGGAGCCAAUCCUUGGUAGCAGGGCAGAGAGGCCACAAGAGAAAGAUUGUCAUGACUGCACUGUUGUUGUUCAACAAGCAAAGAUAACGUGUUGCUGGAUUUCAGAGUGUAAUAUUUGUUCAUCGUAUCGGUAUCAACUUGGUACUGGAAGGCAAAGAAAAAUGGAAUAUGCUAUGUGGCUUUAGAAUUUGAAUGUCAGGAAUGUGUAGCUGUGCUGCAUAAAGGCCAUUCAGUUUUAAAAUGAACUGUAGAUGAUCUAUAAAAAUAACUGAAAUUACAUCCCUGUUUUUCGUGUGUGUGUAUUUUGCUGUCUUACAAUACCCUUUGGCAACAGGGUAAUUGGAAGGUCUAGAGGGACUUGUUGCUAGACACACGCCCACUGCCUUUAUUUAGCUUGCACACUUAUAAAUAAAUUCACAGGCAUAACAAGCUGUUCUCAGCUGUUGUGCUACUGCUCUUCACACAGAACCUUUAAGGAGGAGUACUGUAGAAAUACCUACUUUAGAGCAGUGCUUGAGGGCUUCAUCUACUUGGGCAUAUAGUGUUUGAGUAUCUAUAGAAGGAAUAGAUGAAUUAAUAAAUGAAUAAAUAAAAACUAUAUGCAUUUGCUUCUUAGGAAUUUCUGCAAGCAUAACCCUGUUUCAGAAGAGUACUUGGCCUAUGCUCUUCACUGGUGAAAGCCUGGGAACUGCUGCCCAGAAUGCCUUUUGAUAAAAUAGCUGUACAGUUAGUGUAGGUUUGAAACCCUGAAAUAUAUACAGGAUUCAACAGAUUCUAACAAGCAAAAUCUUGAUGAUAUUCCUUAUGUCAUAUUGGCUUUAUGGGUUGCUCUGAGAACACUGGAAGAGUUGGUAGUCUCAUACGGACAUCUGCAGUACAGCAUGGCAGUCAGCUGUUCAUAUGCAACAGUUAAGAGCUGUUUGAGUUAGCAAAAAUACACUCUUGAUGUAUUUAAACAUAAUUUUCAUAUUACAAGCAAUUAGAGUAAGUUGUUUAUGGAGAAAAUGAGAAGUUUCUGCACAUCAAACAUGAUAAUUUUAUCUCUUGAAAUAGAAUUCAAAUAAAAUGACAUUGCAUCUAAUAAUAAUUGUGAAAUAUCAUCAUUCUUAUAAUUCCAGCUGGCCAAAUGUUUGGUUGCUAGAUGUUUUUCAGUGCAAAUACUUGCUUAGCCGUGUGAAAUUGUGAAACAGCUGCAAUAAAGGCUUGAACAAAGAUGCUAUAGUAAUCCCUAGUCAGCCCAUCAGAGCACUGACUUUCUGAGGUCACUACUUACCGAACCAAGACACUUGAAAGGCUUUUAAUUUUUUCAUUUUCCACAUGUUUUGAAAAGAUUCUUCUGACUGCAGCUGUAUCCUAAUCUAGUGUUUCUCAUAGGAACUGUUAAGAGGUAAAAACUGCUGCGUUGUUACAGGGUACAAAACUGCAAGAGUCUCCUGUAAAAGGAGUAUCAGAGAGGUGGUGUUCAGGACUAGAUGCCGCUGUGUACACGGGAAGAAUCGCAAGCAUCACUGACAGCAGCAGCUGUAGCAAUUAACCAAUUAAACAGUUUUUAUUGAUGAUCUGCAAUAGCUAAUAAACUUUUAACAAGCUACAAAACACCCCAUGGAUCAAUCUUAUGAUCCAGCCUAUUAACAGGCUGGAUUAUAACCAAUACUUACUAAUUCUAACUAGCAUUAUUGUUUGGAAAUGGAAGGAAUAAGUGGACCAUAUGCCAAAUGUAAGAGUGGAGACAUCGUUCCAGAUAAAUUCUGGUAGUUUAGAGAAUAUUUAUAAUUUACUUCAGCAGAUAAAGCGCUCUCUUUGAAAAGCAGGGUUUGGGGGCAUCUUUUUAGCUUUCCAUGUCAUUAAGCCAAGGAUGAGACUUCCAGCUAUGGAGUCACAGCACAAUCACAGAAAAGCUGAUUUAAAGGGGAUAGGGACAGUGUUUUCUAUAGUUCCAUAUGACACAGAACCAUCUUUAGGGAAAACAGCAUUCAAAAACACAGGGCUUAAGUAACUUUAACUACUUGCCUGGUACUAUAUUUUUAUCUGAUUGGCUGAAUGUUAUUUUUCUAAACCAAAAUGGUUAUUUAAUGUUACACACUGUCAUUUUGGUUAUUUAAGGAUAAAUAAACAGAAGGCUAAUAGGGAGAUAUUUAAGGAUUAUGAAGCUGUAGAAAGUAAAAUAUUGACUGAUAAGAUAUUGCUUAAAGUUUAAAAAUACCAUACAUAGUAAAGAACUCGAGAAGUAUUUAAUCAGUCUUACUGUUAUAGGCUAAAUUAACUGGGAUUCCUAGAAUUCCAAGCAGGUGACUGAUAUAAGAUGUAACUGUGAAUUCUUGGGAGGUUCUUGCCAAAUUUCCAAAUAGUGUCAACAUUAAUAGUUUACAUUUUUUUUAAUUUCUGAUGUCACAUUUAUUUGUGGUUAGUCCAGCACUGUUAUUUCAGUGAUGCCAUUACUGAAAUGUCAGUUCAGCUGAAAAUUCAGAUUGUUUUUCAGGGAAAUUGCUGUGGUCUGUGUAUCUACAUCUAUCUAAUUAUGCACUUAAAGAUGGAAAAUAAUUUUGCUUAAUUUAUGUCCUCUAUUUAGUUCUAUGUACAAAAGCACUUACCUCAAUGUAACAUAAACACUAUACAUUAAGAGUUCAAAUAUUAAAUUCUUGCACAAAAAUGUAGGCUUCAUAUAUAAUCUAUGAUGUCUAAUGCAGAGUUGUUUCAUGUCCUGGAGGGUUUUUCUUUAUCUUCCUCAUUGGUACAUCAUUCUAAUGGAAAUUUUCUGCACCAAAAAUAACUGAUGAUCUCAAAGUAUUUUUGUAAAUAUUUGCUUGAAUGCUUUAUAAAUAUUUGUUUCAGUCUGCAAAUGUUUGGAGUUGGCACUAAAAAUAUUUGUAGGUAUAGCUACCAGAGAAAACACUCCCAGGGUAAAGUACAUGAAAGACACUGUUAGACAAAAAAACCUCUCGCUUACCAGAUGAGAAAUACUGCAAGAAGAACCAUAUCUAUAACCAUCUUGGCUGUCCCAGCAAAAGCUUCACUUAGGCUACAACUGUUGCUAGAAAAUUAGCUGGUUUUUUUCUUGGCAGUGAGUUAAUUGAAGGUAUAAAUAAAUAAUAAAUAAUAACUCUACUAUGGAAAGUUUGGAGUGAAAUCUGUUACUACAACAACUUACGACUUAUCUACAGGAUGAACAGAACUAGUACAGAGACUGUAGAUCAAGUAAUAAAGUAUUGGCUUCAGUUGACUUAAGCAGGUCUUUCUUGGUCCAAUGUUACUAUGAACACAGUCUAAAUUCAAAACAGUAAAGCAUGUAAAAUUACACUUGGUGGUAAUUAUAGUUCCAUCUGCUGUGCAGUCAAGCACUUAAAGAUUUCAUGUGAGCUGUAAGCAAAUCUUUUAUCUAGUGCGUGUGUUCCAAUAAACACUGAAAUAAGUGGCUAGGUGGAGCAGAAGAAAAAUACAUCUGCAAUGGCUUGUUCCUAUGAAAUAGAAUGAGUACACAGAUAAGUUCUUCAGAACACCUCACCAAACUCUUAGAGAUGAGAUGUUUAUUUUCCACAUGCAGCAGUUCUAAUUAACAUAAUUAAUGCUGUUUAUGUGGUGAGAUUUCCUCAGGGAUUUCACAGAAAAAUUAUGUUUCUGCAGUUGGGACUUGCUUAGGAAACUCUUUGCAAGAGCUGGAAACAAAAAGCCUGGGCAAGCAAUGGAAGUCAUGGCACAAGCACCACUUGGUUAUGUUGCUGCACGUGCAGAUUACUGGGUUCAAAGUUCACCAUCAUCCUUGUGCUCACACCUUUGCUGGGUCUUGGUUGGUUACAGUGCUGUCAUUCUCCUUGCCUCCCUGAUAGUUUUCUUGGAGGCAGAUCCUUGUUUGUUCCCAGUAAUGUGCCCUGCAACUGGCUUAAGUUCCCAGAUGGGCAUGGAUCCUGCAGACUCAUUGUUAGCACAGACUUUCCCCGAGCUCCUGUUGUACAGUUUCAUUUAGCAGUUUGUCUUACCAGAUAUUUGUGAUACUUACAGGAAAAACAAAGAAGUAAAUACCCACUGGGACUUGCUAAUGGAUCCAAGAAAAACCAAACUCUUCACUUUAGCUAGAAGAAGAAACAUACAGCAGGCAAAAUAAUAAAUGUCUAUGUAUUUCUUAUGGUCUUACUUUCCUCUUUAAGUAUUAUUUGAAGUUAACAUCAGAGCCUCUAAGAGUUCAUUAUUCCCCCCCUGCACAUAGUUUUUACUCCUCUGCUUAGAAAAAAAAAAAAAAUGUCCCUUUGCUGUUUUCUUCCCAAAGGAGCCAUUAUGUAACCCCUUUGUCUCUUUUGGUGUCUCUUUCCCAGGGAGCCUUGUCUGAGGAUCAAAGUUCAUUAGUAUAUUUAGAGCCUGUUAGAAUUUAAACGUAAAGUGAAUUUUGUCUUGUCUAGUGAGUCCUCCUCCAAGGUUAUUCCCUUUCAGUAGCUGGUCAGCAAAUGAUUCUUUAUUGCAUCUGACCUGGGAGACCAGAUGUCGCUCUGAUAGAGAACUGCAGAGUGUGUGCACCCUGAGGCAGUAAGUCACAUGACAUUUUUAUAACCUUAAGCAAAAUUCAUAACUUAGUGACAUUCUCUGAAUUGUCAUUUGAUGGAAAUGCAUAUUGAAGAAAUGAAAUGUAAAUGAUUUAUUGGGGGGUACAUUCUAUGACCUGUACUGCAGAAGUAAUGAGGAAAUGUUCUGAAAAACUUAUUGUGAUGUUGCUUUUGGAUAGAACAUGGAUGGAAUGGCAAUGCAAAGGCUUGUCAACACAAGUCAAAGCAAUAUGGUAUUUGCAAAGUGAUGGAUAUGAAAGAAGCAAAGGAAGACAUGUCUGUUUAUUACUUUCACAAAAUGAAGUUUGUCAAUGCAAGGAUUCUGCAAUCCAUUUCUGUUUAAGUCUAAAUAUUGUACUUCAUUAUGAGGAGACAGACUGCAUGCAGCAUAGUUUUAAAAUUGCUGUUAAACAGCAAAAAUGUGCUUACAAAAGCAGAAAAAAAGCAUGAGGUGCACUGAAUUGUCCAACUUCUGGUUUUCAUUUGGAUUACAUUUGUAAAUCCUAUUUCUCUGCUUCGAAAAUCUUCAUUUUCCAUGUUUACAUAAUGUCGUGGUUUCAGCUGAGAAGGUUAAUUUUCUUCAUAGGAUCUAGUAUAUAUAUUCUUCCUCUUCUUCCUCUUCUUCUUCUUCCUCUUCUUCUUCUUCUUCCUCUUCUUCCUCUUCCUCCUCUUCCUCUUCUUUUUCUCCUUCUUGUUCUCCUUCUUUUUCUCCUUUUCCUUCUUCUUCUUCUUGUUCUUCCUUUGUUAUCCUAUUAAUCUAUCUCUAUCUCAACCUAUGAGUGUUUUGUUUCUUUUCUCCUCCCCAUCCCCUUGGGGGGUGGGGGUAAGCGGGUGGCUCAGUUACUGGCUGGGGUUAAACCAUGACACACCUCUGUAGUGAAAUGGAGAAAAUUAAUUUUGUUGAAAUCUUUCAGUUUCACAGAUAAGACAUAGUUUGAGUUUGUUCUUUUUCCUAUUCUAUCUUCAUUGCGCAAUUUCCGUAAGUUAGAUAGGACUGCUGCAAAAAAUUGUUACUCCAGGUGAAGUUUAAGGAUGUAGAAUGGUUAGGCUGGUAUUUGCCUAAAAUAUUAGGAAGAAGAGUGAUAAAAAUUAUGCUCUUAAGUAGGAAGUUUUAUGCUGACAAGCCCCUAGUGCAAUUUCUUUUAUUUUUUUGGCCAUUUUACUUACUCUAAUUAACUGAUUUAGGCAUUGCCAAUAAAAACUGUGUCGGUCCUAUAGGUGUGUUUUCAUUUUGAAGCAUUGGCAAAGUGGGGUUAAAUAGUGACAUGCUAGUUAGUUUGAGUAGAUUAGCCUAGUCUUCUUGACAGGGAAGACACUUUUAGUAUUUUAUAGUUUUAUGUCUCAUCCAGAAAUGUUGCUUGCAUUAAUAAUUACAGUAAGCUGAAACUUGAUGUGGUUGUACAUUUACAGGAAUGCCAGGAUUAUCCUGUGCUAUAGCCCAAAACCGCAAAGUGGCAAGAAAUAUGCGUGCUUCGUGAUCUCUAAAGUGUUUAUGGAGUUUUUGUUAUUUUCAUUUCAAAACUAAAGAAUUCCCAUCUUUCAGUCUCUCUUGCAAGUUCCCAGAAUUUUGAUCAGUCUGGAUAUCUUUUUGAAUCCUCAGAUUUCCCAGCAUCAUAUUAAGUAUUGUCACUCAUGCUCAUCAUCUUGCAGUUGUGAAAUCUCUGAAGCAUAUCACAAUGAAGUUACAACCAUAGUGUUCAACCAUGGUAGUUUUACCGCCUCCAUUUAUGAUAUUGAGUUCCGUAAAUAAAGUUUUAGUAUGCUACAAUUCCUUAGCAUGCUACAUUCUUCAAAUGAUGUUUGGAGUUUUGCAAAUAAUGUGUUUGUUGCUUCUUUAUCAUACUAAUUGGAAAAUAAUUUUGAUGUUACUUGUUUCUUUUUAAUAAAGAACAGAAGUUAAAAUCAUUGUAACAAACCUAUUUAUAUAUUAACUGACAUUACAUUGGCACUGACCUUUUUAGAAUCAGUUUUCAGUGGUAACCACUCUGUUUUGAAACUUGGUAAUGCCCACAAUGGGAGAA